UGCGGUCCGCGCUGGCGCUGCACUGCGGAGACUCUGCCCCGAGCCGGCCCGGCCGGGUCGCGGUGGCCAACACCGAACGAGGGGCUGCCGCCUGCUGGUGGUGCCCGGCUUCGGGGAAGAGGGGACAGGACUCCCCAGACCGCACCCACGGUUCCAGAGCCCCAGCCAGAGCUGGAGAGCGUUCGGAAGGAAAAGGAACGGGGCGUGGGAGUGGGAAUGUGGAAAAAGGAGUGGGGUCAACCGUUUCGGGCCGCCCACCAGCGACAGAGUCGGGACUGGGGAGUACAAACUGGAGGACAACGAGGAAAUCCAGUAACAGACCUUGGACCUCAGAUAGGGAAUUGGAAAAGGUGCCUAAAGAAAUGGAUGCUAGAAGAAAACACUGGAAGGAGAAUAUGUUUACUCAUCAUUUUAGCGCACAGGAUGUUCUAGAAGAGGCUUCUAACACUGAAUCUUCCAGUGAACCAAUAGUUGUAGAUAACACCAAGAGAAUGGAAGGAAAUUAUAAUCUGUCCAGUAGAAAGUUUCAGGAAGAAAAUAAAUUUAAGAGGAAAGAAUAUGUUUCUCAACUAAAUGAAAGAGAACAAGAACCAAAUUUAAGAGAGAGAAGGAUAAACAUGUCAAAGAAUGAGCCAGACAUAAAGUCUGUCUCCAGUGAAUCAUUUAAUUUGGAUGUUGUAUCGGAAGAAAGCUUAAACAGAAUAGAAGACUCCUGUGCCUGGAGUAAAGAAGAUUUACCAAUCAUACCACGACAAGCCCCAAGGAAGAAAGUAACUGAAGGAAUGUCUCCAAAACUUCGCCUGAACCUUUUAAAUGAAGAACUAGAAGAACUUAAUAUGAAAUGCAGAAAAAUAGAAGAGGAAUUUGAAAAUGCUGAAAAAGAACUUUUGAACUCCAAGAAAGAAGUUUCUGUGAAAUCCCUAAAUUUUCAAGAGACAGGGACAGAUACUUUGAAGAAUGACAGGGAACUUCAAGCUUUAAAAAAUGACCUAUCCGAAAAAGCGACAGAUGUAAAAAACUUAACUGAGGAGCUCCAGCAAGCCAAAGAAGUUAUCCACAACUUGAACCUAGAGAACAGAAAUUUAAAAGAAGCUGUUAGGAAAUUAAAGCGUCAAACUGAAAUAGGAAAUGCUCUCCUAAAAGAAGAAAUGAAAUUGUAUUAUGAAUUAGAAAUGGACAAGAUCCGUGGAGAGCUGGAUGCCAUCAAGAAUGAACUGAGAGCUGAGAAGACCCUGCAAGCAAGAAAUAACAAAGCCCUGGAAUUGCUUAGAAAACACUUUGCUACCGUGAUAAGGUCACCAGACACCCUUAACCACUUUACUGGAGAUUUUUUUUAAAGUUAAAAAAAAGCCUUUCAUUAAGCAAGUUAUUGAGCCAAAUCAAUGAUUAUUAUGCUAUCUUUGUAUACUACUUAAAAUGUAUGUAAUGGGAUGUAAUUUUCACUUUUGCUGCAUCAAAAUAUCUGUAAAACAUAGAUGUUCAUUUCAAAGUUUCUGCUUUCUCUUUCUAAUGAAGUGAUUUCGAGAAUACAAAUGGAAAUGAAGCCUAAGAAAUUUCUUUUGUAUAUCCAUAAAUAUAUAUACAUAUAUAUCUAUAUUUGAGUCAAAAACACAUAGUAAUUCACCAGAUCAAUUAUGAAUACAAAUCAACAGUCAUUUUUGAUCCUGUGAGCAAUAUGUCCUUGGCACAUGGAUAUUCUCCCAUCUGUGUUCAUUGAUGUUAACAAUAAAAAUAUUGUUUAUAUGUAUAAGCAUAA